AGCUUGGAUUUGCUGAGCAAAGAAGAAAACACAAGACAACAGAUAAAAGAAACCUGUCAUGGACGUCCGGGAAAUUUUCUAACAGUGCGAAGACUUCGCGCGUUCCACUUUCGAUUUGUAAGUUUUACAACAACGAAGGAACUUGCAAACGAGGCCAAUCAUGUGACUACUUACACGUAUGUAAAUACUUUAUAAAUAAUGAUUGUAAGUUUGGAAAUGGCUGUAUGCGGUCACAUAAUGUCCUAGACGUGCAACCAAGGUCAAUCCUCACAAAAUACGGAAUAGUUCCUGAUUAUUACGAUAGCAGAGACCAUUUUGAUAGAGGGGAAGCAACACGAUUGGUAAAGGAAAAGCUUGACAGUCAGGAUGCAAAACCGCAAAUCGAUAUAUCAAGGAAAAUGUAUUCGGAAGAAACUCAAAAUGCAAAGGUACGACCAUUUUUAACGCAUGGAAAAUCUAUUUUUAACAUCGUUUCUGACAUUGGGAAUACGUCCGACAUGGAUAGUGGGGACAGUAUGGAUAACAAUAACAAAUCUAUAAUUUCCUCAAUAUCGAAAUCUUUUAACGGAACAUCAAAGCAUGACACAGAUGAACCCCAUCAGACAUUUACUGAAGAAGAUUAUAUUCCUCUCGAACGUAAACCAGUUGUUGAGUCUAAGACUGCACCUGUCAUAAAAAAGAAAAGACUUAAACAGAAAAGGAAAUCUAAAUUGCAAACACAUAUUGACAUUAAACAAGACUCGACAUUGGCUAAGAUACAAGACAAUGUUAAAGUUCUUGGCCAAUUCCAGGCUAAAAUCACGGUUGAAAUUUCAGGCCAGUCCGGGAAGUUUCAAGUACGAAAAGAUAAUGAUCACUGGGAGAUUUCUACCAUAAGUGGUGAAUGGUCAAAUUUACCUGAAGAUAGUAACAGAGAGAUGGAAGAUGUGUAUUGCAAAGUUAUUGAGAUCAAGGAUAAAGUUGAUGGACAGAUGAAAGAACAAAAGCUAUAGAUAUUGAAGGUAACUGUCUAGAUAGAAGAGUUUAACAAAGAAGGAGACACCUACCGGGGUAUAAUAACUACUUGUACAUAAAAUGAACUACGAAAAAAAAUGACAGUAUGAUAGCGCAUUUUUGUGUGUGAUUUUUUAGGGGUGGUGACAGAAUUUUGAAUCAUUUCUACGUUUUAUUUUGUAAUUGUUAGUUCUGCACAUCUUCAUUUCGUUUAUCAUUGGCAUAAAUAUUUUAUUCUUUAUCUAAUAAGAAAAAAUGAACAUGAAAAGUUUUAUCCGACCAAACAACAAGAAUAUCAAGUAUAAUAAAGAAAUUCAAUGGAUUGGGUAACUCUAACAAUGGUGAAUACCUCUUAAUUUGCAUUGUACAGUGGAUAUUUGGCACACUUUGCGUUUUAAACCGAUUACAGAACAGAAAUAUUCGUACAUACAAUUGCAAUUAACAAACUAACGGUAUAUUCUUUUGUUGAUACUAUAUGCUGCAGUGAGAUAAAUUUAUAUAGAAAACUAAACGGUAUUAUAUAAUACAACAAAAAUAAUUUAUGAACACAAAAUAGUUGCAUAAAUUCGCAAACAAUAUAUAUUAAACACAUCUUCGCGUUUGUUACUCCGGUUUCAUUGAGGAAUCAUGACGUUUAUAUUGUUUCUAUUAUUUGUCAAGUCUUUCUAUUAACUAUUAAUAUAUGUUUUUAUUUAAACAAAGUGACGAGUUGCUAACGAUUUAACAUUCAUCUCAAUUCAAGCCACACUUAUAUGGGAAUCUCUUAGAAUUCAAUAUAUACUCGUGAAAUGUUUAGACUUUGAGGAUAUGAAGCAGAACAUUUUCAAAACAGCUCAUACACAAUAGUGAAUGUUGAAUCAAAUUCUAAAGAAAAGUGCUUUUGAAAAAGACCGGUUAUUGAAGAAAAAAAGAGGACUACAACGGAGA